CCAAAACUGUUAACAAACCAAACCAGAUUCUAUUUACCUUUUCAGGAUCAAUCAAUGAGCUCCUCCAGAAAGAUGGCUGACAAGCAGUAGGGAGAUUUUUCUCUCCUGCUGAUGAUCUGCUGAUUUUGCUACCAAAAGCUGGUUCUUUGGUGGCCUUGCUCCCUGGAUUUGAAUAGCACCUAGGAGUGACCCAGAUUGUCUUUGGACAAAAGUGGACCCACCUGGGAUAAGGAAUCUUGAAGAUUACUAUUCCAAGUGGGAGUGGCAGAAAACCAGGUCAUCCAUCUUUUUCCUUUUGGCAGACCAUUCUCUUAAGCACAUGUGGGUUUAGUUGAAACCUUUUUCUACCUUUUUAAAAGUUUGUUUUGUUUUGUUUCUUAUCUCUAAAAGUUGACCAGCUGGUUGAAUGCUGAUUUAUUUUAACCCGUUGGAUUUUAUUUAUUUCUUUCUUGUUCUUUGCCUUUUAUCUUUUUUUGACUUUUUUCAAUAUUCCUUGUCAUAAGAAAAACAAGACAUGCCUUGAAGUAAUAAGUGUUUGGAUUUGAUUUACAUCUAUUUUGUACCUUUACUAUACUUUGAAGAUUAUUUUUUCAAAAAUCUUUUUUAAUCUGGAUUGAAAUAGUCUCAUAGCCUCUCUAUGUUGACAUAUAUCCUCCCUGUCUCUGAGAAGCUUUAUCCUUCUGUUGUCAAGUUAUGCCAAAGCAACAGGACCUUUUGGUUAUACACAAAUCCAACUUGAAAACUUUUUUAAACAAUUUGACAAAAUAAUGCUUCCAAAGAAACCUAUCCAAAUGCAAGUAAUUGGAGUUAAAUUAGAUUCACAAAAGGAAUUGGAUUUAAAAGCAGUAGAUUCGGUGAAAGACAUUAAAAGAGGUACAGAUGUUAUAAAUUUAGACCUGAAAUGUUAUAAAUUUUAGAUCUAUAAAUCCCCUACCUGAGGGGAUUAUUAUGCAUGCUUGCAUAAUGCAAUGCCUUCAGGCUUUCACACUCUUACAAUAGCAGAAAAUUGUCUGAAUGGUCAAAUGAAGGGGAUUGGAGAAUGGAUUAUCAUAUGCAACUCAGAAACAACUUCAAUUGGACUUUUUGGGGAAUAUAGAUCAACUUUGGAGAAUGGAUCUAAUAUAUUUAACUGGACAACAAUUGAAAAGAGAUGGCAUUAAGAAACAAUCCUGGAUAUUUAAUCCAGGAUGAAUCAGAGUUAACUGUGAGGAUGAUUGGAGAUAGAUAAGCUGUAGUAAACUUCCUGCAAGUUGAAUUACAAUAGUAGUUUAUUAACAGUGGGGUUCUAAUAUUUUACUCUUGCUUUUGUUCACUAAAUUAUUUGUAAAAUAAAUUAACAUUUUGGGGGAUUGCAGUGUUUGCAGAUAUUUUGCAAGCAGUAAUGAAAAAAUGCACCAUUUAGUCAAAGUCUCACAUUCAAAGUUAUAUUCAUGUAUACUCAUAUUCGGGGGAUGGUAGAGGACAGGAAGGCCUGGAGGAAUGUUGUCCAUGGAGUUGUGAUGGGUUGGACACGACUUUGUGAUUAACAAAAACAUAUUUAGUCAACUUUCUCAUAUUGAGAAAGUACACCCAUCCAUAAUUUCUAGCUAGCAUAGCCCAAUAAAAUUUCAGGAGUGGUAUUUUAAUACAUUUAGAAUCAAGUUGGCAUUUAUUUAAGACACACAAUGGAGCUUAUUUUAGAAUUCAUACACAAUUAUCUGAGAUUGCAUUGAAAGGCUCAGAUGUGUCAUCACAGGGCACUUUGCCACUUACACCAUCAGUGUAGCUUGUAGUAGUUGUCUACAGGGGCAUUAUACAAUUGUUUCAGUUCAUUAGUUUUUUUAAAAAAAAAUCUUGAUAAUUUGCAUCUGAAAAUGUAAAAUGCAUUGCUAAUAGUUAUAGAAUGUUACAAGAAAUAUCUAUAGCUAGCUGACCACAUAUACACAAACUUUCUAUUAGCAAAAUCCACGUUAGCCAAUAAGAUUAUUUUUAAUAAUUCUCUAUAGAUAACUCUCCUUGUUCUCCAUAGUCAUUCGUCCAUAUUCAAGCUGAAAUAUAUAAGCAUUUCAAAAUACGGGAGUAAAUAUAAUUCAUAACUUUUAAUUAAAAAAGGAUUUGGGUUAAAACUCUAAAUUUGCACCCACGACCUUUCUAACCCGGAUGUUUUGAAGGUGGGGGAGGGGGGAGUUGCUUCUUUUAAAGUUCUUCCUAAUUCUCUCUUUCGUCAUUUAGAUGCGCAUCUUCCAAGUCGGUUCCUUGCCAAAGAUAUAAAAAAUGAAGAAUAGCACAAAAUAUGUUAUCAACAUUUCCCCUUCGUGUUGUAACAAGCGGGAGGCGGAAAGACGGCUUUUUGAUGUCCUUCAUAUUGGCAACUGGGACGUACUUUACUAUCAGAUUUGGACUACCUGCGGGGUGAUCAUAAAUCAUUUUCAGGCCAGCACCGUUGUGUAACCAGAGAAUAAAGCCGCCUGGGCCGAUCCUCAUUGCCUGGGGGCUGAACCCUUUUCUUCAAAACGUAAAAUCCUGCUGGGCUGGUUAUGGAUUUCACCGCCCCUUCCCGAAAUGCAAAGCGGGAGCCCGGAAACGGACACCUUUCACUCUACCUUUUCGUACCUCCGCGGCGCUUCCUCUGAACGUCGCUUCGCCUUGCGUCACCGGAAGGAACCUUCGGAAAGAAUGCUCAGGCGGCCAAUCAGGAUUGCGUUUGGAAAGAUGGCGGCUUUCGGGGACCGCAAGCUCUCCGCGAAGGAUGGAAGCGGCGACGGGGCGCGGGUGGACUCGGACCUCCUGUUGCACCCGGAGCUGCUCUCCCAGGAAUUCUUACUCUUGACGCUGGAGCAGAAAAAUAUCCCAGUAGAAGAUGAGGUGAAAACCAGUAAAGACUGCCUUACUGACUUGUAUAUUCAACAUGUUAUACCAUUGCCUCAGCGUGAUUUGCCCAAAACCAGAUGGGGGAAACAAAUAGAAAAGCAAAGAGGUCAGCAAGUGUUGAAACAUAGCACCCAAAGCAUUAUGGCAACGGAAAGUCUAAGAAAAAGGCCUCUCAUUGUGUUUGAUGGUAGCUCAACAAGUACAAGUAUUAAAGUGAGGAAGACUGAGAAUGGAGCCGCUGAUGGUUUAAAAUUCCUUUCAUCUGAAAGUACCAAUAUCACUUGUAAAAGACUGCCUGUUCCUUCAAAUUCGACAUUGUGCAUAUCUGCUUCCACUUUCUCAUUGGAUGUUAAGAGGGAAUCUAGGAAUAAUGAGGGUAAAAAGAACAAUAUUGUAGUUAAUAUGUCACCUGGUCAAAAGCCGUCAGCUUUAGAGCCUCUUACAGGAACUACUGCUGUGAAAUAUAAGAGAGCUGCUCCGAAAGAAGAAUUGGAUUCAUCAAAGCCUCCUGAAGCAAAAAAGAAGAUCCAGCAUGUAACAUGGCCAUGAACCCAUGAGAGUUAGAAAUGCAAAUGAUGCUGAGUCUUCAUUUCAGGACAGAAGAAUUGUACUAACCAGAGAUGCAGAUUGCAGUGGUAGUUGCUUAGAACUUCACGGUAUAAAGAAAGCACUACAUGUUCACCAUCAACCUGAGAAUCUUUAUCUUGCACUUUGAAUUUACUCCCCAUUUUAGAAGUUAAUUUUGGUAGAACAAAAUUGUUUUAGCAGCCUUUCUUCUACAUUUUUAACUCUAGUCUAUACAUCAAGUCUUUGCAUGAUUUGAUAUAGAAAGUUUCUAACUAUUCUAUUCAGUUGUACAAUAGUAUAUUUUUUAACACAUACCAUAUAUUUAAAUAGUAUGGAAGACUGUUUCCCUAUUCUGCUGAUUUUACUAGGAUAUUUCCACAUAAUAGUUCUGUUGAAAGGCCCAGAAAAACAAUUUCUCAUUUUUAGGUGCCAAUAUUAUUUUUUGAGAAACUAUUUGGGUCCUUUCCAGUUUUCUUUAUGUGAAAUCCUGAACUCUCUAUACUGGUUUUGCUUCAAAUUGAAGUUUUUGCUAAAAUGGAAGAUCAAAUGGAUUUCUCUUGUCUUUAGAGAUACAUAGUCAGAAGCCCCCACCCUCAAGAUUGUGUGUUGGGGAAAAAAACUGUGUGAAGCAGAACUGCAUUUUUAUACAGUAUGUGAUUCGUGUUUUAUACUAGCAUUUUUAAGGAAAGCUUAUUUAACUACAAUUAAAUAAUGCCUGACAAAAUUGAGAUGGAAAAUAAUGCUUGCUCUAUUUAUUUAUGCAGCUAGAAAAGAGAUGAAUUAAGUGGAAGUUUGCAGGGAUGAAAGUUUUGUCUGUGAAUAAAUUGUUUGAAACUUAUUGUAUUUUUUUCUUAUACGAGGUAAAAAAACAUCCCGGGGUUUAAAAAUAUUAGAGUCACAUUUGUAUGCUCAAUGUAGUUGUACAUCAUUAAUGAAAUUGCAUUAGUUAAAGGCUCUGAAGAAGCUGGAAGCAUCUUAGUGAUACAGAUAAUUUAGUUUCAAAACUUUAAAAUUUUAGCAGCUUCUUCACAAUGAACACAAAACAGAAGUAAAAUGAGAUACAAUUGUUGUAAAAAUUGCUCGUUUUCGGGAAGAAAAAAACCAAUUAUCACACUGAGUUGUGUUGUUAUCAGUGGUAGAUAAAAGACCUCACUUCUGAACAUUUAUAAGAUUUAGCCCACAGUCCUAUAUGCUACUGCUUCAUAGUAAAUUUUAUUUAACUUAUGUUUAACUAUUGACUCUGAUUGCAUUAAGUGACAUAAUUUCCAUUGCAUCCAUUGUGCCCUAAAACAUCACAGAGCACUUCAGAAUAUAAAGAAUGGUGUAUUGAAGUGUAGUUGAAUUCAAACAAUUGUACAAGUUUUCUACUUGAGUACUGUAUACAAUUUAAUUUUGUGUUUUUGAAUUGCUGUCCUUUUAUUAGCUCAUCUAAAUUAAAUUAAUUUAAGUGUGAUCUCUUGUUUAGAUCAUCUUUAUGCUAUAAUUUUAUCUUACUUGUUAGGCUGAUUCAACUGAGGUUUUUUGUAUAAUAGAAUUAAACAUUUGUGCCAGCAUUGGUGGAUUAAGCUACACAUAACAGGACUUUUGCAACACUGGAAACAUUUAAAUAGUCUUUAGAACUGGCAUACAGUAGCUUUACUUUGUGCUGUAAAUAACUAUUGAUUUUUUUUAAUUUAGCACUUUUGAUCAUAGCUUGAUUUUAUUAUCCUUUGAAAUGCAGCUUUGGUCAGUACAUGUAUAAGGGUUUGUAAUUCGUUUUUUUUUUAAAAAAAAUCUAGGUGUGUUCUCCAUUUUUAGGAAUUGCAGUAUAUAUUCCAAACUAGCAGCUGUAGAUUGUAGAUUCAAGUAAAAAAAUAAUUAUUCUUACAAAGACCAUAAAAGAUAACUUCCUAUAUGGUCAACAAAUGUUAGUAUUAAAAAUAAAAUAACACAAUAAUUGCGUUCCUGUCAUAGAGGUGAUAGAAAGACAUAGAUUUUAGAUUCCAAAGGUUUUGUUCACAUGUCAUUUUCAGUGAAUGACUGUCUGGUGAAGCAGCCUUAAAGAUAUCCCAAGGAAAGGGCAAGAGCUGAUACAAAGAUUUGAGUUAUUAAUAUUUUCACAUGUUUUUAAACUUGAAAAUAAUUUCAAAGAAAGUGACUGAUCAUUUUUGAGAAGCUUUUAGAAUAGAAUUGAGAUGGUAAGCCAAGUGGGAUUAUUCAGUAAACAGUCCUUAAAAACAACAUGAACUAAUUUUUGUCAUUUUAAUUGAAGCCCAAACGUAUUGUUGGUAACACCUGCUAUGAAAUAAAUGUACUGUAUAGCAGUCUCUGUCCUGAAACUGAGCUAUCAAGGGUUAUGUUGCAACAAUGGAUAGUGGUUUUCUCAGAAAUGUGAUUUCAUGUAGCCACCACACUGAAUUUGGGCAUCCUCAUGAGAUCAAAAGAUGAAAGCAUAGAAACAAAAGCGUUUACUGGCCAUUAUCCGCUCUAUUUUAAGAGUGAUAGUGAAAAUGUUGCUCUGGUGGGUUUUUUU